AUGGCCGACAUCAGUCGCAGCCAGGCCCUCCUGGGUAUUGAUGGUGAUCCUACCAAAGAACACAUGGCUUUCAAGACCACGUUUGGUGGCCACAAUGACGCUUAUCCUAUCGAACUCCUGAAGGACAGCUCUUACGUCUUCCCGCACGACACCAAAGUCGACACCCAUUCUCAUGACAUCAUCAAUCACGAUCUUCUUGAUGACGCCGAGCAUUUGACCGACGACACCCACGAUUUCGGCAUCGACAAGGAGAAGAUCGGUGCCUAUCGCCUUUUUACAGACGACCUCAUCGAUCCGAUUCUCCUCAACUGGGAGAAGCUGACCAAGACCGGUGCUUUCGCCAUUGGCCCUUUCCCCACUGCCAUUUCGACCACCGGCAACCUUCACAUCGUAAACCCCGACCCUGUGGCUGGUUUCAAUGCUCAUCUCAGUGCCAAACCCGACGGCACCCAUCCUCACAUUGCGAGCCACAAGAAGAACACUCCCAAAAAGAGAAGCAAGAAAGGCCGUAAAGGAAAGCGCCCUGGUUACUGCACCGAAUGCGAUGAGAAGCAGGUUCAGAUUGCCGAAUGGGCCGCCCAAGGCAUUCUGACGUGCACGGACUGCAUCCGCCGUCCUCAGCGUGCCCCGGGAAAGUUGUGCACUCACUGCUUCAAGGGCGGCAAAGACGACCCCAACGUCCUCAAUCCCAUUUUCGGGGCAUCCAACACGACGCGCGAUGACUCCAUCCAACCCGCCUCCACACAUCACAUCGCAAUCUCCACCGAUUCCAACCUACAGGUCGCUCCCGCCGCCGGGUCUAGUACCCUCGUCAAGUGUCGGGAGUGCAAAGUGGGCACCGCCUAG